CAAAACAGAGGAGAGGCACGAACGCCACUCCAAAAAGAGAAGGGCUAAGGAGGGCAACCCCAAAGAGACGCUUGACCUUGUGUGGCUGGGAACAUCUUCCACAAUGGCCACCUCAGCAAGUUCCCACCUAAACAAAGGCGUCAAGCAGGUGUACAUGUCCCUGCCUCAGGGUGACAAAGUGCAAGCUGUAUAUAUCUGGAUUGAUGGUACUGGAGAAGGACUGCGGUGCAAGACCCGUACCCUGGACUCUGAGCCCAAGUGUGUGGAAGAGUUACCCGAGUGGAAUUUUGAUGGCUCUAGUACUUUACAGUCUGAAGGCUCCAACAGUGACAUGUAUCUUGUGCCUGCUGCCAUGUUUCGGGACCCCUUCCGCAAGGACCCCAACAAGCUGGUGUUCUGUGAAGUCUUCAAGUACAAUAGAAAGCCUGCAGAGACCAACUUGAGGCACACCUGUAAACGGAUAAUGGACAUGGUGAGCAACCAGCACCCCUGGUUCGGAAUGGAGCAGGAAUAUACUCUCAUGGGGACAGAUGGGCACCCCUUUGGAUGGCCUUCCAAUGGUUUCCCUGGGCCCCAGGGUCCAUAUUACUGUGGUGUGGGAGCAGACAAAGCCUACGGCAGGGACAUCGUGGAGUCUCAUUACCGGGCCUGCUUGUAUGCUGGAGUCAAGAUAGUGGGAACUAAUGCCGAGGUCAUGCCUGCCCAGUGGGAAUUCCAGAUCGGACCCUGUGAAGGAAUCAGCAUGGGAGAUCAUCUCUGGGUGGCACGCUUCAUUUUGCAUCGUGUGUGUGAAGACUUUGGAGUGAUCGCAACCUUCGACCCUAAGCCCAUUCCUGGGAACUGGAAUGGUGCAGGCUGCCACACCAACUUCAGCACUAAGGCCAUGCGGGAGGAGAAUGGUCUGAAGUACAUUGAGGAGGCCAUCGAGAAACUAAGCAAGCGGCACCAGUACCACAUUCGUGCCUAUGAUCCCAAGGGAGGACUGGACAAUGCCCGGCGCCUCACUGGAUUCCAUGAAACCUCCAACAUCAACGACUUUUCUGCUGGCGUGGCCAACCGUAGCGCCAGCAUCCGCAUUCCCCGGACUGUUGGCCAGGAGAAGAAGGGUUACUUUGAAGACCGUCGCCCGUCUGCCAACUGCGACCCCUUUGCGGUGACAGAAGCCCUUAUCCGCACAUGUCUUCUCAAUGAAACUGGCGAUGAGCCCUUCCAGUACAAAAAUUAAGUGGACUAGACCUCCAGCCAUUGAGCCCCUCCUAGCUCAUCCCACUCCAACUUAUCUCCCCCUCUCCCAGUUGUAACUCACAGGGGGGAAUAUCAAGGUCUUUGUAUUCCUUGAUCCCAAUUAAUCUUUCUUUGACCAGGUGGAGGGAUCAAGUUCUUAAUCUCUUCAUACCCACCCUCCUUUUUUUCCCUGUCACUGAAGCUUUCUAGUGUGUUAGUGGGGAGGGGGGCGGGAAAACAUAACCACUGCUUCUAUUUAAUGGGGUGUGCCUAUCCAGUAGGCUUAGCUGUCGGGACUGAGUGCAUGUUUGCAGGAGGGGAAAGACUCUUCUUCGAAGUAGAUGAAAGGGGAAGACCUGAUUCCCCCUGGUUAGGUUAGGACUUCCCCUCUUGGUGGAAAAGGAGGUUAUACAGUUAAAAGUGGGAUUUAGGAGAGAGGGUAGGGGUUGGGGAUCAGGGGAGAAAAUACCCUUGGUCUCUGUUGGGCUUCUUUUGCUGGAGCUCAAGGCCUAAAUACAAAGCUCAGUGCAUACAUGGAUGGAGCUCCCUACCUUAAAGAAGAAAAAGUUCUUAGUGCUCGGUUCUUCAAGUAUCACACAAAGCAGAGUAGUAUUUUUAUAUUUAAAUGUAAAAACAAAAAAAUUAUAUAUGGUUGUAUGGAUUAUGUUUGUGUUUCUAAAGGAGAAAACCAUUAGGUCACAGGGAGCCGAACUUGAACAGAUAGUCUGUAGAAAUGAGUAUCUUCUUUUGAGUAGGGGGUGGGGGGAAGUGAUUCUUGGUAAGUUGGUGAUUUGGGGCUCAUUCCCUCAUUACCACCUUGGGGUUUGUCUGCCCUGCCCACCCAACAGAGGUAGUGGACACUGGCUAGUUACCAGGUGACACUUGUGACUAGCAGUCACUUGAUCCCUGUGGCCUUGGUAUAAAAGGCACAUAUACUUGUCCUCACACAAGGGUUUAGAAAUAAGAGUUGGCUGGUCAACUUGAGCAUGUUACUGACAGAGGGGUUAUUGGGGUUAUUUUCUGGUAGGAAUAGCAUGUCACUAAAGCAGGCCUUUUGAUAUAUUAAAAAAAUUUUUUAAAGCAAAAUAGAAGUUUAGAUUCUAAUCAGAUUUGUAGGGUUUCUAAGUAAUUUUUACAGAAUUGCUGGUUUGCCUCAACUGUCCUUCUCUGCUCUUAGGGGAGAUGGGGACAGCUGGAGUCACAACACAUGUAAUUUUUAUCCUGGUGUCUUUUCUCCCAGUGCCAAGUAUCCCUUUCCUUUGUUCAGACUGCUGAGGAGUUAUCUUUGCCUUUGACAAAUAAGAAACCAACUCUACCUUUCUCCCUGCAUUUCCCUCCCUGUUCUGGGUGUUUUGUGUUGGUUGUGGUUUCCUCUUGCCUUGACGACUUCUAAUUGCCAUGUACGGUAUGUUCAGAGUUAGAUAACUCCUCAUUGUAAACAAACUGUGUAACUGCCCAGAGUAGCACUUAUAAAUCAGCCUAACAUUUAUAAGAUC